AUGGCUACUAAGGGCCAGCUGGACGACGCAACGCUCGUCACGGCGCCAGAUGUAAUAACUGUUGUUCAAUCAGACCUUCUCAUACCAGGUCGCGGCGAGCCUCUCAGGCCAGGAACCGUGGUCAUCGCCGAAUCCAAGAUCAAGUUCGUUGGCCGCCCUGACGAAAUUCCUGCCGAGUACCGCUCCAUCACACCAUUCCAUGUUCCCGUCCUGAUGCCCGGUCUCUGGGACUGUCAUGUCCACUAUUUUGCAAUGGACAUGGGCACCAGCGUUUCUGCUGGCUUGGCUAAAUAUCUUCCCGGAUACAACGCAUUGGCUGGUGCCAUCACGGUGGCUGACCUGGAAGCCACGUUGAUGGCUGGUUUCACCUCCGUCCGGGAACUACAGGGUUACGGUGGCGACCUCCGGCCGGGCAUCGAGAGCGGCGCCCUCGUCGGACCUAACAUCUACUCCUCCAUCGCGGCCAUGUCAGUAACCGGUGGUCACGCUGACUCUCACAAUAUCCCUAUCGAGACGAUACUGCGAUAUGCUCGCUGUGGCGGCCCGUGUUCUAUCGUGGAUGGGCCGGACGAGUGUCGGAAGGAGGUUAGGACACUGAUACGUCGAGGAGCUCGAGUGAUCAAGGUCUGUUCUAGCGGUGGGGUAUUAAGUCUGAACGAUGAUCCAGAGGACAGAGAGUUCUCCGAUGCUGAGCUGAGGGCUAUCGUAGAAGAAGCGGGGCUUUCUCGUCGCGUGGUGGCGGCCCAUGCCAUUGGGAAAGCCGGUAUCAUGGCUAGUCUUCGUGCUGGCGUCAAAACAAUCGAACACGGGUUUUAUCUGGAUGAAGAGGUUGCGGACGAAAUGAUCAAGCAGAAAGCCAUUCUUGUACCGACUCGCCACAUUAUAGAGACCAUCGCUGCUCACCCGGAUGAACUGCCACCGCCAUCCAAAAAGAAGGCUUUGAAAUUGAUUGGCACGGCGAGGGAGUCGUACAAGCUGGCCAUCCAAAAAGGAGUGAGAAUUGCCCUCGGAACCGACACCAUGAGCAGUGACCGCAAGAAACCCCAAGCCCACGGCAACAACGCUAGAGAACUCUACUGGGCUGUAAAAAUGGGCAUGACUCCGCUGCAAGCGAUCGAAGCAGGUACGGCAAAUGGCCCCGAGACACUUGGUGGCAUGGCGCCGCUCAGCGGACAGAUCAAGGAGGGCUACGAUGCCGAUCUAAUAGCAGUUGCGAGCAGCCCUCUGGAGGACAUUGAGGUUCUGACGGUGAAGGAGAACAUCACGCACAUUUGGAAAGGGGGUAAACUCUUUAAAGGCAAGACGGCAUGA